UGCCGAUCGGUACUUGAUGCGUAGUGUCGGUGGAUGAGUAGACGCUGUCAGCUUCUCGUUUGCGGUUAAAAUACACGUUUUCGAAGCUCAACAGCAUCGAAUAUUACUACAUAAACUCUACGUGAGUAAGCAUACGGCAACUAUAUGUCGAACGGCAGUGUAGAUCAGAACGAAAAGAAAUACAAUCCUCAGAAGGACAACUACAGCAUGUCGAAUGAUGGUGGAGAUCAUGAUGAUGAAGGAUAUGUUGUUAAGUUACGAGGACUACCCUGGUCUACCACUGUGGAUGAGAUUAUGAAGUUCUUCAGCGAUUGCAGUAUUUCUCAUGGAAAGGCUGGUAUUCAUAUGACAAUGUCCCGUGAAGGGAGACCAAGCGGUGAAGCUUAUAUAGAAAUGGAGACGGAAGAUGACAUUGAGAAGGCUUGCAAGAGGGACCGAGAUCACAUGGGUCAUCGAUACAUUGAAGUUUUCAAGGCAAAGCGGGGUGAAAUGGAAUGGGUUGUCAAGAGGAGUGGGUUAAAUUUGGAAAAUGCAAUGGAUGAUGGCUGUGUCAGAUUACGCGGGUUACCAUUUGGGUGCUCCAAAGAGGAGAUAGCACAGUUUUUCUCAGGGUUGGAGAUAUUGCCGAACGGGAUUUCGCUACCGACAGACUACACGGGCCGCAGUACUGGGGAGGCUUACGUUCAAUUUGUUAACAAAGAUGUUGCGGAGCGCGCUCUGCAGAAACACAAGGAAAAGAUAGGACACAGAUACAUCGAAAUCUUCCGAAGCAGCUUGUCAGAGGUGCGCGCAAGUAUUGGACCGAAGAUGCGCGGAGGUCCGAUGGGCGGAUUUAAUCAGAGACCAGCUCCUUACGAUCGUGGUGAUCGAUUCGGCGGGAUGAAUCGUUUUAGUAACAAUGGCAGAGGAUCCAGAAACAGAGAUUUUGACGGCGGCCUGUGGGGCAGUGGGAAUAACUUUGGAUCGCGUGGUGGAAAUAUGGGUAUGCGUGGGAACAUGGACAUGAAGGGCGGUAAUUUCAGAGGAAGUGGUGACAAUUGGAGUGGUAAUUCCGGUAUGCACUGCAUACACAUGCGAGGAUUGCCAUUCAGGGCUACAGAACAAGACAUAGCCGACUUUUUCAGACCCGUUGUGCCGGUAAACAUUCGAAUUAUUUUGGAAAAUAGUGGUCGGGCUUCUGGAGAAGCUGAUGUCGAGUUCGCUACGCAUGAGGAAGCUGUUAAAGCUAUGUCCAAGGACAAGAGUCACAUGUCUCAUAGAUAUAUCGAACUGUUCUUAAAUUCCUCCAGUGGUUCCAGCGGAAUGUCCCUAGGUGGAAUUGGAAACUUCUGUGGCGGUUUAGGUAAUAACUUCAGGCCAGGUUACUCUCCAAGCAACCGAGGAUAUAGCAGUCAGUUGGGAGGCAAUAAUUAUAACAGCUUUUGAAAGAGAACCUGAAAUUUCAUAAUCGGUUGGCACUAACGUAUUGGAAGGAUUUUCGAUGACAGAUAUACGGACGGAUCAUUUCCAUUAAGAUCCAUUUUAAGCCGUGAUGGACUUUCCGUUAUAAGCCAUUAAUCUUUUCCACUUUUUGAUUCUUGCAAAAAAAAAGCAUA